AAAAAACGUGACAACCGGAAGUUUACAGUGCAGACUUAGUAGCUAGCAUUUUCUUCAGCAGGGUUAAAAUCUUCCACGUUUAGUUUACACCAAAAGCAACAAUGUCCGAAAGAAAAGUAUUGAAUAAAUACUACCCUCCGGAUUUUGAUCCUUCCAAAAUCCCCAAACUUAAACUCCCCAAAGAUCGACAGUAUGUGGUCAGAUUGAUGGCUCCGUUCAACAUGAGGUGUAAAACAUGUGGCGAGUACAUCUAUAAGGGGAAGAAGUUCAAUGCGCGUAAGGAGACUGUUCAGAAUGAACUGUACAUGGGGCUGCCCAUCUUCCGUUUCUACAUCAAAUGCACCCGGUGUCUCGCUGAGAUUACGUUUAAGACCGACCCAGAGAACACAGACUACUCCAUGGAGCACGGCGCGACACGAAACUUCCAAGCAGAGAAACUUAUUGAAGAAGAGGAGAAAAGAAUCCAGCAGGAGAGGGAAGAGGAGGAAUUGAACAACCCAAUGAAGGUGUUGGAGAACCGCACGCGUGAUUCCAAGAUGGAGAUGGAGGUUAUGGAAAACCUCCAGGAGCUGAAGGAGCUGAACCAGAGGCAGGCUCAGGUGGAUUUCGAGGGAAUGAUCGACAAGUACAGAGAGCUGGAGAGGAGGGAGAAGGAAAAGGAGAAAGAAGAGGAUGAGAGAGAAACAAAAGAGAUGUUGGACCGUGUCCUCGUGAAAAGACUCAGAGACAGUGAUUCUGAGAGUGAGGAGGAGAGCAGCAGCAGCAGCAACAUGCAGCCACCCAGCUCCAGCACAGACAAACCAACAGACAUCCUCACCACUGACAAACCCUCAGAGGCACAGGGAGCCUCAGUAGGAGGAGUUAAAAGGGCCAAGGUGGAGAGCUGGGAGAAGAGUGUGGGGAAGCUGGGCGGCGGCGGGGCGCUGGGAUCCCUGGUCGUACGAAAGAAACCAGCAGCGGCUGUAAACAAGCCCAGUUCAGCGGCUGCCACUGCUGCUGUCCCCUCACAAAAAGAUUCAAACGCAUUAACUGCCGGCUCCACUAACGCCUCAAAGCCCGUUACCACACAAAAUGGGUCGUCAUCUCUCAGCCUGCUGGGGAUGUACUCAGACAGCGACAGCAACGACAGCGAAUGAGGGGAAGAUGCUUGGGAUGGAUUUUUACUUGAGUGACUGACACACAAUUGUAUGAAUGAGCAGAAAGGAACAUAUGAUGCAUUCUUACAAACCUGUACAGAAAUAAAUGAUGACAAAUUGACAGGAUGGUGGACAGUCGUUAGUUUUCUCUGCUGUCCAUAUAUCCAGUGAAUCAACAAUGUCCUUCAAUGUAUAUUUUAGUGUUCAUUAAAAUCUGUUUU